GCCAAAGCCAACUUCUUCUACUUCCGCACCCUUAUAAAACACACCAGCCUGCUCAAAGCUCCCGCCACCGCACCAUGGGCAUCCGCGCUCGUGUCCCUCCAAUCGAGAUUGCCGCCUCGCCCGAGCGGGUGCGUGAGAUCUUCCUCGACUUUGACCACAUGUCACAAUGGCACACGUCCCACUUCAAGUCCCUCGACAUUGUCACGCCAGGCAAAAAGGGAAUCACCCUGGCGCCCGGCGACAAGAUGCGCGUCAACCUCGGCGGCGGCAUGAACUUUGGCGCAAACAUCACCGAAAACUCCAAAGACCGACUGACCUGGAAAGGCGGCGUUUCGUACCUCCUGGUCGGGGAGCACACGUUCGAGUUCCGCCCGUCGCAGGCGACGCCGGGCGGCACCACGUUUGUGCAGUACGAGGACUUUACGGGGCUCCUGACGUUUGGAAUGAAGAGCGACCAGGAGAAGACGUCUGGCGGGUUCCAGCGGGUGAACGAGGACCUGAAGAAGAGGGCCGAGACACUCGUCAGCGCCGAUUUGCCCGUUCUCCCGGAUGGACAGUAUCCCCUCGGCACGUGCGCCCAGACGACCAUCGAGCUGGACCUAGCUCCGGUCUUGUCAGAUGGCGCGGCCGUAGUCUUCCCGGGCGACGAAGCCUGGCACGACCUCGUCGCGCGUGCUUCCACGCCGAGGGUCGCGCCGCAGUACAUUGCUGUCGUAGAGGUUGCCACCGAGGCCGACGUUGAGCAUACGAUCCGCUUCGCAAAUAAGCACGGCUAUCCCUUCCUCGCCGCGUCGGGCUCACACGGCUGGACGACGGCCCUGGCCGAGAUGCACAACGGGAUCCAGAUCAACCUGCGCCGGAUGAACUCGGUCACAGUCAAUGACGACGGGUUGACGGCCACGGCGGGCGGCGGGAUCCUGCAGUGGGAGGCUACGAGGGCCCUGUUCGCCAAGGGCAAGAUGACCCCAACCGGCAUCUGCGCGUGCGUCUCCGUCGCCGGCCCCGCCCUCGGCGGCGGCCACGGCAUGCUCCAGGGCCGACACGGCUUCGCGGCCGACAACCUCGUCUCGGCGCGGGUGACCCUGGCCAACGGGACCUCGGUCACCGCGUCCGGCACGCAGAACCCGGACCUGUUCUGGGGGCUCAAGGGGGCCGGGCACAACCUCGGGGUCGUCACGAGCCUCGAGAUGAGCCUGUACGACGCGGACGAGCUGUGGCGGAUGGACGUGCUCACCUAUACCCAGGACAAGCUCGAGCAGAUCUUUGCCGUGUGGAACGAGCUCGAGGACGAGAUUGCGGACCCGGGCCUGCUGGUGGCGGGCGGCACGGUCGCCUGGAAUCCGGCGCUGGAUGACAAGCACCCAAUCAUCAACAUCCUGCUCUACAGCGCAGGCAACGCCACCGCCAUCGAGCGCUACGUCGCCGCCUUCCAGGGUGCGCUCGGCCCGCCCGCCGCGAGCGUCACGGUCACCGACAUCCCCUACGGCGACGUGUUCGCCACGGGCGGGUUCGGCGUGGACUCGCCCGUGUGCCGCAAGGACGCCAACGUCGUCGGCUACCCGGCCUCGGUCUCGCGGUGGGACGGCGCGGGCAUGCGCGCCGGGUUCGAGCUCUUCACGGAGCUGACGCGGCAGGCCAAGUACAGCACGUCGAUGUGGCUGCUCGAGUCGUUUGGGCGCAAGGGGGUCCGGGACAUCGACGUCGCGUCGGCCGCGGUCCCGGCCGAGGAGCGGCAGCGGCAUAUCCUGCACGCGCCGGUGCUGUGGUGGGACGGGGCGGACGAGGGGGACGUGGCCGAGGUGAGGGCGUGGGGGGUCAAGUUCCAGGAGGCGGUCCGGCCGAGGGACGCCGAGAAGCCGCACAGCUAUGUGAACUAUGCCAUGGGAGACGAGUCGGUGCCCGAGGUGUACGGGGAGGACCCGGCGAGGCUGCAGCGGCUGCGGGCGCUGAAGAGGGAGUUUGACCCGAUGAACCGGUUCGGCUUUUACAGCCCGAUCGUGUAGUGGGUUGCAAGAAUUAAACAUUAGGACAACUAUAUACUCUGAUAGGAAUAUAUACACUAGCAGCUCCGAGUCUGACUCGUGGCAUAGCUCUUCAAUGCCGGCUCGGCAGCCACCUUUUCCGGGUACAGGAUCAAACUGAGCACGGCGAUCAAGACCGCAUUCUCCGUGAGCAGCAGCUCGUCCAGCCCCAGCCCCGGCGCCAGGUACGGCUUGCAGACCUCGUCCAGCCCGCCCUCGACCCUCGCCAGCUGGCCCGGCCCCUCGUGGGUCAGGGCGUCCUUGGCCAUCGCGAAAGCCAGCGGGUUGACCAGCAGGCCCUCGUGCGUGUAGAACGUCCCCGCCAGGCCCUUGCCGCCGCAGGCCUGCUGGACCUCGACGUUGGUGGCGCCCCGGAGGAACGCGGAUGCCCCCGUGCCGCUCUGCGGCUGGACCACCUCGUCAAAGUAGCCCGAGUACAGGCUGGUUGUGGGCACGAGCGCCGAGUCG